GCAGGGGAGGGUCGAGCCUGAGCAGGGUCCGAGCGGGGAGCGCGGGCGAGCGAGCGCGGCAGGAUGUUCAGCUGGAUGGGGCGGCAAGCGGGCGGGCGCGAGCGCACGGGCGGCGCGGACGCGGUGCAGACGGUGACGGGCGGCCUGCGCUCGCUCUACCUGCGCAAGGUGCUGCCGCUGGAGGAGGCGUACCGCUUCCACGAGUUCCACUCGCCGGCGCUGGAGGACGCCGACUUCGAGAACAAGCCCAUGAUCCUGCUCGUGGGCCAGUACAGCACCGGCAAGACCACGUUCAUCAGAUAUUUACUGGAACAGGAUUUCCCAGGCAUGAGGAUCGGUCCGGAGCCUACCACCGACUCCUUCAUCGCUGUGAUGUAUGGGGACACUGAGGGCAACACCCCUGGAAAUGCCUUGGUCGUGGACCCCAAAAAGCCAUUUCGGAAGCUCAGUCGUUUUGGAAAUGCUUUCCUGAAUCGGUUCAUGUGUUCCCAGCUGCCCAACCAGGUCCUGAAGAGCAUCAGCAUUAUCGACAGCCCUGGCAUCCUGUCUGGGGAGAAGCAGCGCAUCAGCCGAGGGUAUGACUUCUGCCAGGUUCUGCAGUGGUUUGCCGAGCGGGUCGACAGGAUCAUCCUGCUCUUCGAUGCCCACAAGUUGGAUAUCUCAGAUGAGUUCUCAGAAGCCAUCAAGGCCUUCCGGGGUCAGGAUGACAAGAUCCGUGUGGUGCUGAACAAGGCUGACCAAGUGGACACACAGCAGCUGAUGCGGGUGUACGGGGCUCUCAUGUGGUCCCUGGGCAAGGUCAUCAACACACCUGAGGUACUGCGUGUGUACAUCGGCUCCUUCUGGGCCCAGCCUCUGCAGAACACAGACAACCGCCGGCUCUUCGAGGCCGAGGCUCAGGACCUCUUCAGGGACAUCCAGAGCCUUCCACAGAAGGCGGCCGUACGCAAGCUCAAUGACCUCAUCAAGCGAGCAAGGCUGGCCAAGGUGCAUGCCUACAUCAUCAGCUACCUGAAGAAGGAGAUGCCCAGUGUCUUUGGGAAGGAAAACAAGAAACGGGAGCUCAUCAGCAGGCUGCCGGAAAUCUACAUUCAGCUGCAGCGAGAAUACCAGAUCUCCGCGGGGGACUUCCCUGAGGUCAAGGUGAUGCAGGAACAGCUGGAGAACUACGACUUCACCAAGUUCCACUCGCUGAAGCCCAAGCUGAUUGAGGCAGUGGACAACAUGCUGAGCAACAAGAUCUCAUCUCUGAUGAGCCUCAUCAGCCAGGAGGAGACGAGCGCGCCCACACAGAUGGUGCAAGGUGGUGCUUUCGACGGCACCGCCGAGGGCCCCUUCAACCAGGGCUAUGGCGAAGGUGCCAAGGAGGGUGCUGACGAGGAGGAAUGGGUGGUGGCCAAGGACAAACCCGUGUAUGAUGAGCUCUUCUACACCCUGUCGCCCAUCAAUGGCAAGAUCACAGGCGUCAAUGCCAAGAAGGAGAUGGUGACCUCCAAGCUGCCCAACAGCGUCUUGGGCAAGAUCUGGAAGCUGGCUGACUGCGACUGUGAUGGCAUGCUGGACGAGGAGGAGUUCGCGCUGGCCAAGCACCUCAUCAAGAUCAAACUCGACGGCUAUGAGCUGCCCAGCAUCCUGCCACCACACCUUGUGCCCCCCUCACACAGGAAGUCCCUGCCCAAGGCCGACUGAAGAACAGGAGGGAGAGUGUACAGCAGGGGAGGGCGGUGUGGGAUGGGAAUGGGUGGGUGAGGGUUGCCAGGCGUGAGGCCUGCUCUGCCACUGACUUUGCCCAGGGACACACAAUGCUUUCUCUCUGUGUUCUAGUCUCCCCACAUGUAGAAUGAGGAAGCCAGGCAGAGAUCCUCUCCCCUCUGAAACUCCCUGACUUGCCAUGAACUCAGUAGAGGGAGCAGAGACCGGAGGGUAAAGAAGGAAGCAAAAUUGCCCAAAGACGACCCAGAGUCCUGGAGAAACGUGGAGUCAGGGACCAGUGGCGGGGAGGGAGCUGGGGCUGGCCACACCUGUGGGGCUUCAGGGACAGCUCGUCAUUGGCAGGGGGUGGGGGGCCUCAGCUAUCAUAUUUAUUGGGUUUGCCAUGUGGCAGGGUAGUGAGAAAAACAGCAGGGAAGUCCUGCUAUCUCCAGACUACCAAAGAGAAGGUGGCAGAGGCCCCUGGCAUGGCCAGAGGCUGCACCUGGGCUGAAGGGCACCUAGGCCAUGCUAGCAGGGCACCUCCGCCCACCUUCUGCCACUGUCCCCUACCCCCACCCAUCCUCCCAGGCUCUCCCUACAGAGCUGUGUUUGGGGAGGACUCUCCCCUUGGCCCUUGGCAAGAGUUCUCGAUUGCACUUGGGAUCCCAGUGAGAUCUGAGGCUCAGCUUGCCUGGCUGGCAAGUGCAGGAAGUAGGACCCACCCUGCAGCAAGAGCAGGAGGAGGAAUCCUGGUCAUCCAGCAGGGUGGCCCCCAACACUCGGUGUCCCCAGGCUGAGUACACUUGCUGUCCUCGGCCCUGUGGACACCAAGGUGGCUGGAGAUGGAGGGAUCGCUCUGCUGCAGUUCCCUGCUGUCCUGGUAGAAAACGCAUUUUUAGUAAAUAUGGGGGAUUUGUGGUUUGUUUUCCUUACAAGAUAAAAGCCUUUAUACAGAAAUGAAAGGGAAUCUUUAUUAUGAAGCCUCCCAGCUGCAGGCUGUCCCACUCGUGCCCUCCUCAUCCCUGCAGCCUGGCUGUGGAGUGAUGGCUGAGUCCCCCUACAGACCUCUCAGGACCACCCCUUCACUCACCUGCCUCAGGGGACCACAGGUGCCUACCACAUUAUUUAUGCAAUAAGAGAGAGGGCCAGAGGAGCAGGGAGUGGCACGUGCCAGGAGCUCACUGGCCCUGGAAAACACCACCACUCCUCUGAGCCUUCCCCAAACCUCAUAACUACUUUUCUGGUGACCUCAAUUCCAGACAUGGUCUGAGGCAAGUGCUUGCUCCAAUGCCACCCCCACCCCUAGCUCCCCCAGCUUGCCUUCUUGCAUAACCGUGUUGUGAGAACAGCAAGUGCCUCAUGUGGUUUGCAGGCUUAGCACUUUUCAGUAGACUCAUGGGGGAAGCAGUUUGCAAUUCCUGUCCUGCCAGGCAAGUCCAGGACUUCUGGAGUGCAUGAAGCCCAUUUUUAGGCUGCAAGGGCAGGCUGGGAGUCUUGUGUCCAAGAGCUCAUGGCUGCCCUGCCUCUGUCCUCCUGUUCAGAAUAACCUUGCUUCUUUACAUUGGUCCAUCUGUCCCAGUGGAGUGCAGGUGGACACACAUGCCUGUGUCAUAUGGAUGUAUGUGUGCUAAGGUGAUGCAUGGGUACACAGGUAGAGACGGCCAGCGUCAGGCUGCCCAGCAGGCCUGCCAUGUGCUGCUUCUGCCUGGGAAGACUUGUCUCAAACAGCAUUCCCUGCUGGGACCCAGGGAUGUUCCUGGGGGAAAAUUAGAGCCCAGACGUGGCCACUUCAUAUCCUGGUCUCUAUCAUCAAGUCACUCGCCCUGUGAUUGCCCUCCCAGGAGGGGUGGCCCUACAGGAGACAGAGUGGAAGACCCCUGGGCUCCAGAAAUAUCCAGUUCUGUCCUUGACGCCACCAUCUCUGGACCUCCGUUUACACUGUGCAGCCCUUACUGUUUUGGGGUCAUCCUGCCAGCUAUGAGGCCGCUGGCAAGGUCAUCUAUACAGAAGCCAUCUAUACAGAAACCUGUCCUUCCAAUUGACUGGUAUUUCCUGUGUCGCCCUGCCACAGACACAACCAACCCAGCCACAACCUUGGGGGGACAGCUGCUCACUUCCUGGGACUUGGUGUGUCCAGUGCUGGCCUCAGUUCUCUGCCGAGCCCCUUUCCAUAGGCAUCCCUUGGUGCCCAGAGUGACACUAGGGACACAGACAAGCUGCCAUGCAGAUGGGAGGGCCUGCUACAGUUGCCUGCCCCACCCUCACCCCCCAGAUUUAGAUUGGAGCAGAAGGACAAUUCCAGGACCAAGAACCACUGAACACUCAGACACGGGUCCUGAUGGCAGAGUGUCGGGUUGCGUGGCAAUUAACCGGUGCAAUUAACACACAUGCUUCCACUCUUUUCUUUUUUAUAAUCCUAUUUAGAAGUGUCAAAGAAAAAAUCCCACAGGCAACUGAUCAAUAAACUUAUAAGAAAAUCCCCA